CGUAAUCGGAAGGAACCAGCGGAACAUCAUGAACAUCGCCACCAAAACCGGUCUAAUCGCGAGCCCUCGGAAGCACAUCGUCCGCCCGAAGAAAGAAUUCGACCCGGCCAUCCUGGCACCGUGUGCGAUCACCCGUCAAGUGCCCCUAGCGCUGCGCCCCUUCGGUGGACUGUACAAUCCGUAUUCCAAAGGUUGCUCCGUUCUGUGCAAUCACCCGGCCGCCCAGGAGGUCAAGAAUGUAGUGCGGCUAGCUAAGGACGCUUGGAUUACCGAGGCCCGUACGAACGAAAAGCUGGGCCGUAAAGGCGAAGCCAAGCGUCUCUUGUCGAAGGAUUCCGAUCUACCGGAGCACGUGCCGGAGGAAUUUUUCCGCCGGUACACCGAUACCGAUUCCCGGCCGUUGACUCCGACUCCGACAGUAGCUAGCGGACGAACCCGGGCGAGCGUGGGCGGAUCCCACCUGACACGGCGCUGUGUCACACCGGAACCACAAACCCAAAACCAGCAGGAACGGAAGCAACUGAUUCUGGAUCUACGGCGUAGCCAUAGCCAGGAGACUCUGUACUGGAAUGCUUCGUCGGAAUUGUCCCCGAGUCAGCUGCAGGAUCCUUCCUGGAUGCAGCAUCACAGCCAGAUACCUCAGACGGUUGACGAGGAGCGUGUUCUUGGGGAAGGCGCGGAAUCGGACAAAGAGGGCGGUAAACCCACUCCGAUGACCUGUAUCAAUGCGAUGGAGGAUGGCGAGGAGGAUCCCCCGCGGAGGCGCGGCAAGCGAAGGAAGAAGUCCAAGCAGUUGACGCAGACGAUUAGCUUCACGCCUAAUCAAGAUCCGGAGACCCAGGUUGCCACGAUCGACCCGGAUUCACCGAAUUACUCGGCUCGACCUUCGCUGGUGCCAAACGGGAGGAGCCUCCUGAGUUCGACCGAGACGCCUCCGAGGGUUAGCGUUGAGGAACCGGUGGAGUAUCUGGAGAGCUUCCUGGACGAGGAAGCACUAUGUCUGCUGCGGCGUGGCUUGAACAUCGACAUUGUGGAAGCGGUCUUCGAGCGAUACCGAUCCCGCACCAUGCAAGAAGCCUUCCGCACCGCCACACUGGAUAAGCUGAACUUCCAGACCAGAGCCGUUCGGCAGCUGGAGGAAACCCUGGACAUUCACGAUAUCGAUCAUGAAAAAUGGAUCGAUCUUCCCCGGAAGUAUUCGAGAUCUUCCGCUCGAUUCGAACUUCCAAUGGAUACGAGAACUCUAUCAGUAAUGACUCCCAUCGAAUACCUAAAGCGCCACGUAGUCCUCGGUGACGAUCGGAAGAAGCUCUAUCAUCGGAUCUUUGUGCGCAAUCUUCCGAAGGACGACGGGAGAUCCGUACAGGAAUCGAACGAUUCCGACUCCAUUCCGGAAACGGAGGUGCCCGUACAGGUGGAAAGCUACCGGAAUCUUCUGGCCGACGUGACGCGGUUGAUUCCGAUGGCCAACUUUGACAAGGCGAUGCACGAGGCUUUGGGCUUCCAUGGCACGUCGGAUAAGAUCUACGAGAUUCGGGAUCUGCUGGAGUUGAACUACGAGUACUAUCAGGAGAUUCCGAUUGAUUUCCGAUCGUGGUGUGGGAUAGUGGCGUUUGCCGAGCGGUAUAUCAUAACUCAGGAUCGAGAGGUGGAUCCUUGCAAUGAGCUGGAACAGGUGGACUUUGAAUCGCUCGAACGUUGUAUCCGUUCCGCUAAGCCGUCGGAAAAUUUGUGCAAGGUUCUACAUAUUAUCAAAAGCAAUUGA